AGGCUAUUUUGUAUAUUGUAAAUUGCGUAUAAUGUAUGAUGUAAAAAAUGUAAUCUGUUUAAUACUCUUCCCUUUGCAUACAUUUUCUCUAAAAUAUCACCCAUAACCUACACUUAUCAAUUCAGUAAUUGGCGUAUUCCCACAUCAACACCAACUUUGUAUUGUCUUUUUAUCUCUAAUCUCUGGAAACUAUGGUUACAAACCACAGUCAAAAGUUUUAUUUCUAAAUAAUCAUUCCGCAUUGAAAUGAGCAACUUCUCAAUCUGCUCACUUGAUCAUUUAAAUUCUUCCGUGUUAUUCUUAGUUUUUCGGUUAGUUCCCUUAUUGAGCAUUCCGUCGUAUAUUUUGGCAUGGGUAUUUAUAACGAGGAACAAGUCAAAAGUGGUGCAAGCCGUGAAAAAGCUGUACUUGAAACAGAUGCUCAUAAAUUUCAUGUCUGUAAUACUUCUUUGCACCGUCAUUUGCCCUUUAUUAAUUCCACCAAUUCCUGGGUACUUUAUGACUGGUCUUCUGGCCACGCUUCGUCUAAAUGUGGCACUUCCCUUGGUUAUAAUGACACAUGUCGUGCUGUUGGUCUCUCUGGUCAUCAUGCAGCUUUUCAAACAUCAACUCGUCACGCUAUCCGACCUGCGAUACACCAAAAAAUUCGAAUUGUCUGUGAAAAUUAUUAGAUGGCUUUUCUAUUUCUGUUAUCUCAUGAUGGCUGUCGUCGCAAUUUCAAUAUUACCAGCUUUAUCCAUUGAAUUCGAUGUGGAUGGGUUCAGAAGAGAGGCCUUUGAAUUUUUCAAUAAUUCAGUCUGCUUCUGCCCACAGAUGUUCAUCGCUGAUCCGCGGCAAUGGGAGAUUUACAUUCCAUAUUUUUGCUCGAUAUUUUUCGGAGGGAUAUGUUGCUUCACAGGUGUGAGCAGUGUGCUCACAUGCUUGAAAAUUGUCUACGACUCUCGGAAGAUAGUGUCCAGGGAGACAUUGACGCUGCAAAGGAAUUUCACGUUUAUAUUAAUGUACCAGGCCUGUGUUUGUGUUGCUCUUAUAAUUGUUCCUUUGGCUAUAGUGUCCACUCUUUUCUAUGCAGACAUUUCCAUUUUGGAUAAUGGACUCCAUUUCCUACUACUCAUAUCAUCUCAAGGAGCCGUCAACAAUUUAAUGCACAUUGUGUCAGCUUUGUGGAGAAAAUUCCGGAAGAAAUUGAGGUUACAGUCAAAUCAGAGUUGGAAGAGCACCGCAAUGUGGUCGACGACGGCGACUAAUGUUGUGACUUGAUAAAUUGAAAAUUUUGAUUUGAUGAGCAUAUAUUUUUGUUGUAAUUGUUAUUGUAUAAAAUUGCAGUCAAGAUGUGCAGACGACAUAGAUAGGCAGUCCGUCGCGGACCUUCUUCUUUGUCGGCUGCGCGUUCGUCAGAGAAGAUUCAACGGGACCCAUGAGACUUUUGACAUAAAUCCUCCUCCCUUCUC